AUGCCUUUGGUUCUUUGCUGUCCUUUCCCUCAUCGGCGACGGGAGCGCCCGGACGACCAACCGUUGCCGACUCGGGGGCGACCUGUCCAGCCGAGGUUCCCACUCCCGUCAUCGCCUCCGCCGUCGCCAUGUCCACUCGUACCGUCUCCAUUCGCAUCAUCGACCGUCAUGACGUCGCCCAGAGCAUCCCCUGAGCGCCGCCUUGCCAGCUGCCCACCAUUCCGCCGCCCUUCGUCGAGUCUCGCACCGGGGCCUCGCUACCUCGCACGCGACACAUCGCAGUACUCGUCAUUUGAGACCGCGCCCAUAGGACGAAGCAGCCCUCGGCUCGCCAACCGGCAGGACGCUGCACUAGUUGCCUGCGAAAUCUGGGAAGAAGCGUACAGCGAAAUCAGCCGCGACGAAGAGCUCAAGCCUCUCGUGAGGAACUACGAGGAGCUGUACAGCGCCGUCACGAGCAGGGGACCCUUGGCCUUCCGCCGACCCUCGGGCGUGCGAAGAGAGGCCCAAACCGAUGACGAAGACAAUACACUCCUCGCCGAGGAGUCUUUCACAAGGUUCGCUCAAGAGUACGUGGACCUGGCGAAGCGAGACACUGCAAGCCAAAGCAUCGUCUCUGCCGCUGUGCAGUUCGUCCAACGAACCAAAGACGCUAUUGGUCUUGCGCUCGCUUGUUCGCCGCCUGCAUCGUUGGCCUGGACGGGUGUGUGCACCAUCAUUUUGCCGAUCAUCGUCAACCACGCCGAGCAGAUCGCCGCGAGAGAGGCAGGCUUCGCCUACGUGAUGUCGCGCUUUACGUGGUACGGUCAGGUCCUCGACCUUCUGAACCGAGAAUACUGGAAGAGCCCGCACAGCUUCUCGGCGCUGCGCCAUGCCAUACACGACGAGAUCGUCUCGCUCUACAAACUCCUGAUCGAGUAUCACUUGCGAGCAUACUACACGUACUGCCGUCCUCUGACCACGAUAUCGCGCGAUAUUCUGAAGCUGGACGAUUGGAACUGCAUGCUGUCGGGGAUCAAGGAGAGCGAGAAGCGCCUGGAAGAGUACAUGAGCCUCAACUAUGAGCAGCACCUUCUGGACAAACUCCACACGCUGUCCGAGGAUGCUCUCCACAAGCAGAGGUUUGAAAGGAUACUCAAGUUCAAGUUCCCCGAUGACCUCCCCUAUUCCGUCUACCAGGCCUAUCUGGACAGCAUCGACUCUCCGCAGGACGGAACCGGUGCCGGAGUCCUUACGCAUCCCGACUUCGUCAGGUGGGUGUCAGCCGAUUCGGGCGUCUUCGUGCUGGAAGGGAUUCCAGGAUCGGGGAAGUCGGUUCUCGCCAAAGCCCUCUUGACGGAACUGUCCGAGUGGAGGGCCACCACGGUUUGCUCCUUCUUCUUCAAGGACAACGGAAAGGGCCAGAAUGCUGCCACCACCGCUCUCUGCAGGGUCCUGGACGAGCUCUUCAGGAGACAGCCGCACCUUGUCGACGUCAUCAGCGCCAAGAUUGACCAACUCCUGCCGGAGGAGGUGCGUUGCAAUUUUGACCUGCUCUGGAACGUCCUCGACGAGGCGACCCGGGACUGCGAGCCGGGGAGCGUCACCGUGGUCCUCGACGGGUUCGAUGAGUGUGAGCCGGACUCGGCCGGCAAGCUGUGCAAGCGGCUGGCCGAGUACCUCGCGCAUUCCAACCCGCCCCUGAAGUUCUUCAUCACGACGCGCCCGGUGGUGUCCGUGCCUCAGCUGAUCAAGUCGGCCCACGUGGUCGCCCUGAAACUCGAGGAGGAUCCGCACUGCCUCAAGCACAUCAGCAGGGACAUAGAGAGCGUUGUCAUGGCCCGUUUCGACGGCUUUGCGACGAAGUGCAUCCAAGACACGGCGCUGAGACGAGAACUGCUCGACCUGGUUCGGCCGAAGGAGGAGAGAACGUAUCUGUACGUCAAGUUGUUGUUCGACUACCUCGAGAUGAAGAUGCGUGACGGCGUGCCGCGGGUGCCUCGAGGGUGGAUCGACAUCUUCAAGACGCUUCCCGCUAACGUCAAAGAGGCCUACCUCGGCUUCCUCAACCGCGUCCGCGAGAACCAACGGGACGACGUGAGAAGGCUGUUCCAGAUUAUCCUGGCAGCGGCAAGGCCGCUUACCCUGCCGGAGGUUAACAUUGCCCUCAACAUCCAUGAUCUCCCUAACGGAAGCAGGUUCGGCCUGGGCCUGCAGGACGAGACUUGCUUCCGCAACUGGAUCUUGGAUGCCUGCCGAUACUUCCUGGACGUCUACAACGGCCGGGUCUACUUCAUCCACCAGACAGCCAAAGACUUCCUCCUGGCCGGCCCGGGAGAGAACGGCCACCGAAAGCCCCCCUGGCUGGGGGAUUUCACACUGGAGACCUGCCACAGUGCCCUUGCGGAGACCUGCAUCCUGUACCUUUCGCUGCCUUUGCGCGUGCCCUCCAAGUUCAAGGGAGAAGACACCGCGGCGGCGGACACAGACGAGUACCACCUCUGGGACGCAACCGAGCUCGGCUUCGCCAGCUAUGCGCACCUCUUCUGGCACAGCCAUGUACAGGGGAUGCUGGGAGCCCGAUCAAACGCCGCGAGGCUCCUCGACCUCAUGAAGAUGCUGCGCCCCUGCGACGGACAUCUCGUGAUUGCCGAUUGGAAGGGGUCGCCAGUUCCCCGGGUUCGCCGCAUUCCCAUCGACGCUGCAGACGCGUUGGAGGACCUCGGCAAGGCGCUGCGUCUCUUGGCCGCCUCCCAGACGGUCCGUUCCCUGACGGAAUACCAGUACUACUCCCCCGUGCCGCGGGAUUGGUUCUCGAUCCGGCUGUACAACAAGAACAUGCCAGCGGACUACGCCUCCAACAAGCUCGAGCUCUUCCACGGGGAUUGUCUGCGGUAUGUCAUCUCCAACCGCGCCGACAGCCAUCCCGUCUACGUCCACAUGUUCAGCCUCAACGCGUCAUGGACGGUCGGAACGCUGCUCUGGCAUGUGCAGAUCCCGCCCAAGCAGCAGAGGACGGGCGAGCUCACCAUGACGCUGCCUCGCCAGGUGCAUGGCGACGGCCCGGCGGAAGUCGAAGACACGAUCGUUGUCAUCUUCUGCAUGGGCGAGCAGUGCUCCGAGCGGCUGGUCACGUCGUCGGAGUGGCUCAAGAGCAUAUACAUUCCGCCGAUGCUGUGGGGUUCGGACGUGGAGAAGGAGGUGCCGAUCUGGCCGUUCUUUGUCCCGCCUCCCAACUGGGUGGUGAAGCAGUUUACCGUCCGUACCGUGCAGCGGCGGCAGAGUGGGCGGGAGGCAGCCGAGGACCAUCAGUGA